GUCCCGGGACAGGGUCUGCUGCAAAGAGGCCUUCUUCUCGGGGAGAUGCAGGAAGGCCAGGCCGGAGGGCCAGGGGAAGAAGCCCAGCAAGGCCGGCUUGGCUUCGGAGUGCCGGCGCUGGGCCCAGUCCUGCCAGGCAGGAAGUCGGGGGAGAGCAGAGCACGGCCGAGCAGCAGUGGGAGUGAACCAGAGAAGUCCUUGCAAAGCUGUCAGAGGGUGAGCAGCACCAGCAAGAGCAGCACGGCGUGGAGCACACACUGACCGGCUCCUUGACCGACCGCUUGACCAUCCUCCAGCCACAUCAAGUGGGCACCAAAGUGGUCCUUUCCCCAAGAGGACCACCUUGAAGAAGCAACAGCAACACCAUUGUCCCUGGACUUGAGUCUUGGUCCCUGGAAGGGAGUCAGGCCAGGCCAUGCGCAGCUGACCGGUGCCGCAAGGAAGGCCACGAUGGCCGGCACGGCUCUGCCCGCCUGGCUCUGCCUCUGCUGUGGCCUCCUGGCUGUGGCCUCUCCGGCGCGAGCCAUGAACUACCCUCCGCGCUACAGCCUCUACGCGCCCUUCGCCCAGCACCAGGCCAAUGCCAACGCCGGCCAGGGUCACCACGGGGCACGAGUGGCCAGCCGGCACAGGAACUGGUGUGCCUACGUUGUGUCGCGAAGUGUGAGCUGCGUGGUGGAGGACGGCGUUGACACCUACGUGAAGCCGGACUACCAGCCGUGCGCCUGGGGGCAGCUGCAAUGCUCUCGGGUCCUGGCGUACCGGAGCUUCCUGCGCCCGCGCUACAAGGUGGCCUACAAGACGGUCUCGGACAUGGAGUGGCGCUGCUGCCCGGGGUAUUCAGGGGAUGACUGCGCGGAGGGUGGAGUGGCCCUCACCACCCCUCGGCCCCCAAGGCCCCCCAAUGGACGGCCCAACCUCUCCGGCUUCAGCAACACGCUCAGCGGCCUCGGGGGAGAAGGCUCCAGGGACUCGGAGAAGGUGCAGCAACUGGAGGACAAAGUCCAGCGCCUGACCAAGCAGCUGCAGGACCUCCAGUCCACCCUCCAGACCAACAACGCCAAGCUGACCGAGGACAUACGGAGGGCCGUGGAGGCCUCCCUGAACGGCAAGCAGCCGGCGGAUGCGGCCGCCCACCCGGAGAUGAAGGAGACCCUCAACGAGAUCCAGCGCCACCUCCAGCGCCUGGACAACCGCAUCUCCGACCAGGAGAACGGGGGAGGCAGCACCGGCUCCGACGUCCGGGGCGAAGUCCUGCGGGAAGUGGAGCGCCGGCUGCAGGGCUCGUGCGCCUCCUGCUUGGCCGGGGUGGAGGGUCUGCAGCGGCAGCAGGCGGAGGACCGCGAGCGCAUGCGGGCCCUGGAGAAGCUGGUCACCGCCGUGGACCAACGGAACCGCGAGGCCGUGGACGCCGUCCGGCAGCACCUGGGACACCUGGCCGGCCGGAUGCCCAAGGAGGACUGCUGCUCCCAGCUGGACGGCCGGGUGGGCGGCCUGGAGCACCGCUUGGACGCUCUCUCGGACUCUUUGGCCACACUGACCGGAGGGGCGGGGGGACACGGGCCGCAGCCCCCGCCCUGGACCCUGGACCGGCGCAUGUCCGAGAUCGAGGGGCGCGUCAACACCACCCGGCGAGGCCUGGAGGAGCACCUGGCUGACCUGCAGGUGAUGCUGACCGGUGCCGACGAGCGCCUGCGGAGGGCCGAGGGGCAGCUGGACGCCGUCUUCUCCCGCCUGAACGACUUCCAGACCCACGUCCACCGGGCCCUGGCCAACCUCUCCCGGGACGUGGGGUCCCUGAAGGACAGCACCAUCCAGCUGCAAGGGGCUCUGGAUCGGGUCCGCGGCAGUGUCCACGCUUGCACCCAGAUCUGCUCUGCGCCGGGCAGCCAGGACUCCCAGAUCAGCGACAUCCUGAGCGACUUGGAGCGCCGGGUGCUGGACAACGAGGGCCAGCUACGUCUCCUGGGAUCCAAUCUCCACCAGCUGGACGUCUCAGGAAAGCUCCGCCAGCUGCAUGGCCUGGUCGGGGCCAACAGUGAUGGCUUGAGCAAGCUGGCCGGCGAGGUGGGUGAGCUGGAGACCCGGCUGGUGGUCUCGGGGAGUGCCGGGCCGCCGGACCUGGCCCGCUAUGCCAACCACACCAACCGGCGGCUGGAGAGGCUGGAGCAGGAGGUGGAGGGCCUGGGGUCUUGUUCCGUCCUGCGCAGCGAGGUGGACCAGCUGCGUGUGCAAGUGGAGGCCUGCCAGGCGGCCUGCUACCCAAGCGGGAGGAGGUCGGACCCUCUGGCCGGCAGCGGAGGGGAGCAGCUGCCCACACCGCCGUCUCCACCCGAGGAGGCCUCUAAGCCCCUGGACGGCUUCAGUGUCAUCGGGGGCGUCUCGGGGGUCCACCUGCGGUCACUGCAAGGAGAGCUCUCGGAGGUGAUCCUGGGCUUCAGCGCCCUGAACGAGACCCUGGCCGGGCUGCAGGCCACGGUGGAGAAGCACCAGACGGACCUCCACGAGCUGGGCGGCACCAAGGACCGCAUCAUCGCCGAGAUCAACCGGGUGCAGCAGGAGGUGACCGAGCACGUGAGCGAGAGCGAGGAGCGCUUCCGGGGCCUGGGACACGAGGUCCAGCGCUUCGGGGUCACUCUGCGGACGGAGGCCUCGGACUGCCGGCGGUCUUCUGGGAGUCUGACGGAGCGGCUGGCCAAGCUGGAGGGCUCCUGCGAGAAGCUGGAGCAGGUCUCGGGGACCCUACGGAAGGUCAAGGAGGGGCUGGACAAGCACCUCACGGCCCUCUGGGGCUGCCUGCGUGACACCAACGGGACCCUGCGCCUCCACGAGGCCCUCCUGGACAAGAUCCACGGCAAUCAGCUGCCCACCGUCCACCGGCGUCUUAACAGCCUCAAUGGGUCUUUCCAGGCCCUGCAGGAGGAGCUCCGGAUCCUCUCCCUCCAGGACUUCACAG